AUGGCGCUGCAGCGAAGCAUUGCCGAUCAGCCGAAGCCUUCAACACACUGUGGUUAUGUCGGCCAUGAGGUCGAAACGGUGGAUGUGCGUUUGCACUCCUUGUGCUUUUCUGUCUGUGGUUCCCUGUCGGUCUCUGCUCUUUCAACAAAUUCCGCGGAUGUGCUGAAGGCCCUGAUCCGCUCAGAAUGCCCUGAGCUGGCUCAGGUUCCAAACAGUCAGAUUCGCCUGCUGCAUCGUGGAGUUGAACUCACAGACGAAAAUCCCAUAACGAAGCACUGGAGGCCAACCCCAGACGAGAAGCAGCUGGAUUUGCACUUUUUGGUGAUUGGUCCCAGCGCAGCAGAAGGAUUUCAGCUGGCACUUUGCGACGUGCCCUGCCCUUCGGAGCUUCAAGAGAGGCUUGAGGAAUGUGCUCAUGGGCUUAACAGCGGAGUCCUGCCAGUUCUUGCAGAGAAUGGCUCUGGUGGAACCUAUUUUCUCAAAAGCCGAGCUGGAGAGACUCUGGCAGUGUUCAAGCCUAAGGAUGAAGAAGCGGGCGCGCCUCAGAAUCCGCGCGGAUACCCCGGCAAGGAGAACACCCGGCGCUGGCAGGCUGCGGUGGCAUCCGCUCACAGGGCAGUGCGGGAAGUCGCGGCUUUCUUGCUGGAUUCUGGUGAUGGCCUUGAGGGGAAUGCGUCUGUUCCCAUGACGACAUUGGUCAGAUGCCGGCAUCAAGCCUUCGUGCCAGUUAAUAUCAACGGCGAUAGCCACGUCGUUUGGAAAGUUGGUGCGUUUCAGGCAUUCGUGAAAGAUGCCGAGAUGUCUGAAGACUUCGGGCACACUGUCCAUGCAGUUCAAGAUGUUCACAGAAUUGGAAUCCUGGAUAUUCGUACACUGAACUUUGAUCGCAACCUGAGCAAUAUGCUUGUCCAAGGACGUGGUCACAAGCUUGUUCCCAUCGAUCACGGCUGUACCUUCCCUGAUCGUCUUGACUUCACGCUGUCGGAGGUUGCGUGGUCUUCCUGGCCCCAGAGUAAGGAGCCAUUUGGCGAAGAUGAGCUAGCCUAUAUCGCACAAUUGGAUGGCGAAGGCGAUGCCAGGAAGCUGUCGGCGACGCUUGGCCUGGAACGGAACUGCCUGCGUCUCAUGGAGGUCUCGACACUCUGGUUGCAGGUUGCUGCGUCUCGGGGAUGCACACUGCACCAAAUCGCAGCAGCCCUGUAUCGAGCAGACGGGCAUCCUGAAAGACCCAGCAAGGUAGAAGGCAUAGUGCGGAACUGCAUCUCCUCGGCAGCAGCAGCGACAAGUGCACCCGACAGAGGCAAUUCGUUGGGGAGGACAGUAUCUCUUCGUGCUACAGCGCUUUCCGAGACGACCAGAGACGGUUGCAUUUUCAACCGCGUACUCCAGACGGGGAAGGAGCUGCAGUGGACGCAGAUGCUGGAGGACAAUUUUCGACGACAUGUUGGAGAGGAGCUGACCAGGCUAGUGAAAGUCAUGCAGCCGGAACCGGGAUCUCGACUGGCAGAGGUUUCCAAGUAUGGGCUCACGGUGACGUCUGAGCAACAGUCUGACGACAGUGAAGAGGCUGAGAUCCCUUUGGUGCGUUCGAGUCGAGCAUACGCCCUGCUUGUGCCCCGAGCUGGAGCCUUAAAGGUGAUGCUGCAUGAUGCUUUGGACUCGUUGGAGUCUGUUAAGCACUUGGUGCUCUCAGGUCUCUGCCGAUUCUGCUACAAGGCCGAAGACGAGGAUUUGGCGGUCCUACAGGAACAGCUCACCAUCAAAGAGAUUGCAGACACGUUGGCAAAGUUCCAGCGCCUGCAGGAGAACAUCGAUGAGCAGUCUGUUGUCGUCGCAGAGCUUGACGUGGAGAGGCGUUGUCUGCCACAGUAUGUUGCGGAACAGCUCGUUGGGGUUACAGUCAGUAUCAAAGACGGGCUGGAAGAAGCUGUUGCAGGUUUGCUGCAGUGGCCGAUCGCGCGACGUCUCCAAGGGCCGCGGUUGGCGCGGAUGGCGAUCCUUGAGGGCUUUUUGGACGACUUUCACGAAGCUGCCGAACGUCUCUUCAGUGCCGUGAUUGCAGCCCCUGCUCGCCUUGGGCACCAGUUGGACAUCCUGUGCUUCGCAAUAUCUCCAAGGAACCAUUGGUCCCAGGGCCAUGCAACGGCCCAGAUUCUGUGGGGCUUGGCACCUGAACUGCGCGGUCUGGGGUCAGUGGAGGAGGAUCUCCCGGAAGAGCCUGCAAGGACUCCGGAUCUUCCUCCGAGAAUGGCCAACGAGUCUGACCCAUCACCAGAUCCAGAUGCGGCCAUGGGGUUGGUGGUGCUGAUCUCCAAUCAUACCAGCCAGCAGACAGUUCAGGACUUGACCAAUCGAUUGGAGGGUCCACAUUGCCUUUUCCUGGAAGACAGCUGUGGGACUGCCCUGGAGGCAUUGGGCUACAAUUGCCAUAGUGGCGACCCCGACAAGCCAAAAUGUCUUCAUCCGACACACGCAUCUACUCUCGCGACGAUGAAGGAUAUCUGGCCAGCGGACCUUCAACCACACUUCGGUUGGCGGCGCCACGCUGCUACUCUAAGUGCAGCCCACGCGGCAUGGCACCUGGGCACCGCAAUCUGGGGACCCACAGCAUCGGUAUGGCUGAUGGACUUUCGCCCUGAAGCAGCAUGCCCGGGACUCGCCCUGGCGGCAGCGGUUGAAAGGGUGCCGUCUGCAAGGCUUCAGAUCGUCAAGGAUCCGGAAGUCCUGUUUGGCAUGGACCCUCGAUCAGUGCACCCGAUCACAGAUCAAAUGCUGCGGCAGAAAGAUCCGGAUACCCUGUCCGCAGGAACCCCUCUUGCAGUGCGCAUCUCCAAGUACAUAGCGUUCCACCAAGCGGCAGUCGUGACACUCAAGUCGCAUGCAUCUGGACAGUCAGAGCACGCUGGAAACAAGGUUGCAGGCAAUACGAAGACAUUGGUCUAUAGCUGCACACCCUUUGCUCAAUGUGGUGGUCAUGGUGAUCGCCUGAACGGCAUCAUCACGACUUUCUUGCUUGCAGUCCUGACAGGCCGCGCAUUCUUCAUCGACUCGGAGAGCCCUUUACCUUUACAACUUCUGCUGCAACCCCGCAGCAUCGACUGGCGAGUGUCCGGUGGUCUAAGGUCAACGGCUGGGCUCCGGCACCUGUCCUAUCACGACAAGCGCUGGCAGUUCGAGGCUGACUUAGACAAGCUCGCGUCCUCCAAUGAAGAGGUGCUAGUCAUCAACAUGAACUACCGGAUGAUACGAUCCCUUUUCGAGGCUCCGGCAUUCGGCAAAGCUGCUCAGCAGCUAGGUCUGCCACAUGAUGCACCACCGUUCCUUGCUGCAGAGAUCUUCGACGUGCUCUUCGCGCCCACGCAACUGCUCCGGCAAGAGUUACAUUCACUUCGCACCGAGCUUUCGCUGAGGAGGAGCACCUUCAUAGGCAUCCAUCUGCGUACCGGGGAGAUUGCCUGGGAUCCGGCGCGACAUGCUCCGGAGGAAUUGCAGGCUUUCCUGGACUGCGCACAGAAGGCAGAACGCGAUCUGGGAUUGGAUCUGGAAACGCCGUGGUUGCUGGCAACGGACUCCAACAGAAUCAUUGAGCUGGCAUCAGAGCUUCCUGAGGCGAAGACUGGCAAGCUUCGAAUACCGGAGGCACGGGGUCGCGUUCACAUCGACCGAUCGGGCAUGGAGGAAACGCUUAGCGGUACUGCGGCCAAUUAUGCGGAGUGGCUACUGUUCGGCCGUGCUGCUGCUGUUGUUCUAUCAAGAAGCUACUUCGGCGAAACAGCUGCCGAAAUUGGGCGUGUACGACAUGCUUAUUUUGCACCCGGAGGGGGCUGUGUACGAACGGAUCUGAGCUCCUCCUAG